GUAGAAACUGCCGCUUCCUGGCUACAGUUUCAGGUAUGUAAAAUAAUGUAUGAAGGUUAUAUUUGCACAGUCUGGAACUGAAAAAUGAAACGACGGUUUUAGGGAAGCUUGAAAAAAAGUGGGUGAGAGGGUCUUUUCACUGUCUCUCAAUUUUGUUCCACUUAAUCUCCCUCUCUCUCUCUUUACUUUUCUCCACAGAGAGAAAGAGAGGGAGAGAUUCCUUCUUCUUCUUCUUCUUCUUCUUCUUCUUCGGUUGUUCUGCUGCUGUAAAUGAAAUUACCAAGUUCUCAGGAAGACCCAUUUUAGCUUUCUUCUCUUCCCCUUUCUGGGUUGACUCCUUUCCGGGUCAACAGUAGGUGAAGAAGAAGAAAUGUCGGUGAAGACUAGAGCCGGAGCUGGAGAGCUCUGUGCGAAGAAGCUCUUGUAUUCAAGGAAAUGGGCGGCGUUUCUCUGCUUUGGCAGCUUCUUUGCCGGGAUGCUCUUCACGAAUAGGGUGUGGAUGGUGCCUGAAGCAACAACGAAUUUAGUAGUGGAUGCUUGUAAUCCAAAGCUUAAAUUUGCUAGCCAUAAAUCAAACCACAGUUCUUUACAAGUUUCCAAGACCCAGCACACUGUCCAAAGUUUAGAUAGCAAGAUUUCAAUUCUAGAGGCGAAAUUAGCAGCAGCUAAGGCAAAGCAGAAAACUAUGGGGAAUGGGACUGUUGCAGCAAGGAGAAAGUACACUAUGGUUAUAGGAAUCAACACAGCUUUUAGCAGCAGGAAAAGAAGAGAUUCGGUUCGUUCAACUUGGAUGCCACAAGGUGAAAAGAGGAAGAAGUUGGAGAAGGAGAAGGGUAUUGUGAUCCGUUUUGUUAUAGGGCACAGUUCGACGGCUAGUGGCAUUCUUGAUAAGGCAAUUGAUGCAGAGGAGGAGAUGCAUGGAGAUUUCUUGAGGCUGGAUCAUGUAGAGGGAUACUUGGAAUUGUCUGCCAAGACUAAGACUUAUUUUAGCACAGCAGUUGCUUUGUGGGAUGCAGAUUUCUAUGUCAAAGUGGAUGAUGAUGUUCUUGUGAAUAUAGCUACUCUUGGAUCGAUAUUAGAACAACACAUAAAGAAGCCGAGAGUAUACAUUGGUUGCAUGAAGUCUGGUCCUGUGCUUGCCAAAAAGUAAAGGUCUUCCAAGAUUCGUAUUCAGAUCAGGAUAUACAUAUCAGCAUGUUGUGCUGACCCUUUUACCUUAUAAACACAGAGGAGUCAAAUACCAUGAGCCAGAGUACUGGAAGUUUGGAGAGGUAGGGAACAAGUACUUCCGCCAUGCCACAGGUCAACUCUAUGCCAUCUCAAAUGAUUUGGCCACCUACAUAUCAGUCAACCAGCAAGUGCUGCACAAAUUCGCCAACGAAGAUGUCUCCUUAGGCUCCUGGGUCCUUGGUCUGGAUGUGGAGCACGUGGAUGAGAGGAGACUCUGCUGUGGCACUCCGCCAGAUUGCGAGAUGAGGGCUCGUCUGGGAUCGACGUGUGCAGUAUCGUUCGACUGGAAGUGCAGCGGGAUAUGCAAGUCAGUGGAGAGGAUGGCAGAGGUUCACAAGCGGUGUGGGGAAGACGAAAUCGCCUUAUGGAGCAAGCAAGGUCUGGCUGCAUCGUUAUGAGGUGUGCCAUUACUGCUUCUCUUCUUUUUUUGCACAUUGUAGAGAGAAACCCUGUAGUUUCCUUAACAGCAAUCAAGAGUAUAGAAAUUUAUACUUUUAACACACACACAGAGGGGAAAAGAGAAGAGGGAGAAAAGAAACUACAGGGGUGCUGUCUUCUCCUUUUUGGCUGAGACCCACUUGGACCAUGAGCAAAGAGAAUGGGAGAGAAUGUUACAUAUGAUUCUUUGAAUGGUUUGGAAAGCCAAGUUCUAGGCUUCUCUACUAACCAUGACAAUUGUGACAAUAAUGGUAAAAUCUUCAUAUGGCUGCUGCGAUUUUGCUGCCUCUGGCUCCAUUAAUAAACCUUACUGUACUCAUUUAGUUAUGAACCCUGCACCCAUGUUUCGUGUAGUAAAUGCAGAGAAUUCCUACGUAGAAAACCUUCAUCUACAUUCUGUGUAAGCCAUGCAGCAGCUGCACAUUUACAUGGGUAGAAACCAUGCUGCAAAUUUUUGUUUUAAUGAAAGAAAGAACACAUACCACAUCCAAGCAUCAUGACAUAUAUGAGAAAUUAUGAUGAUGAGCUAGUGCUAGAGCCAGUGUGGAUCCCCAACAAGGAGGGAAGAUCGAACGAAUGGGAUAUUGACGCGGCUCAAUCGAAUAGCAAUCCCCCAUUACCGAGGGGAGAUUGGCUUUCUGAUUGAACCGGACCAAUAUCUCGUUCUUACACUGGUGAACUCUUAAUGCUUGCAAAGUAAGGAACAUACAUUACCACGGGGGGAAGUGCUGCGCUCUCAGAGCAUAUGGCAAUGGCAGGGAUGGUGAUGAAGUGAGUUGUUGUUGAGAAGAAGAAGAAGAAGAAGGGAGA